AUGGCGGACUCGGCGCCGCCGCCCCGGCGCGCUGCCCCCCGCGCCACGUGGGUGCGGGCCCGCAAGGCGCGGCCCCAGCUCGCGCUCGGCCGCCGGCGCCGCCGCCAGCUCGCCUCGCUGCGCGGGCUCGGCCGGAAGCGCCUGCGGCGGCGGCUCCUGCAGGCCCAGGCGGCCGGCGCGGACUGGCGGGCGGCCGGCUGCCCCUCGGCGCGCGCGGCCCCCCGGCCCGCGCCCGCCGCCCCGCGCCCCGCCGCGCCCCCCGCGCCCCCCGCGCCCGCCGCCCGCCGCGCCCCGGCCGCCGCCCCGGCCGCCGCCCCGAGCGCCCGCCUCCCGCCGGCGCGGCCGCUGGGCCCGGGCCGCGCGCUGCUGCUGCUGCCGCUCGAGAAGGAUUUCACAUUCAGCGGGAUCUGUCGGGUGACCUGCCUCUAUGGCCAGGUGCAGGUGUUUGGUUUUGCCAUCAGCCAAGGCCAGCCCCCCCAGGAUGUCUUCUCUACCUAUACCCACUCUCGCCUGACCAUCAGCUCAGUUCACUACUUAAUGCCUGAGAGAAGCAGGAAGGAGAUAAAAAGGGAAGCCCGGGCUUUGCUCCGACCGCACCUUAACCGAGAGGACAGGUGUUGGCUGAUGAAGAAUUUUUCUCCUCUGUGCUCCAUUGUACUGCUGGAACAACUGAAAACCCCCACCGUGAACUUCAUCAACAGCCAUCCGGGCUUGUCGUAUAUUUUCGUACAAGAGAGUCCAACUUCCCAGAUUAAUGCUGAAUCUCUAGCCUUGAGAUCUGUCGGCAUUAGAAAAGAGAAAAAGAGAAAAAAUGGCCUUCGUUUAACUGAGAGUGCCCUCUCCGCCCUGGAAGAGCUGGUCAGCGUCGCCUGUGAGGAAGUCGAUGGCUGCCCUGUCAUUCUGGCGUGCGGGCCCCAGGACAUCGGGAAGUCCACGUUUAAUCGAUACCUGAUUAACCAGCUCUUGAAUAGUCUUCCUUGUGUUGACUAUUUGGAGUGUGAUCUGGGACAGACAGAAUUUACUCCUCCUGGCUGCAUUUCCUUAGUCAGUGUCACGGAACCAGUUCUGGGACCACCUUUCACCCACCAGAGGACACCACAGAAAAUGGUGUAUUAUGGGAAGCCUUCCUGUAAGAAUAACUGUGAGAGUUACAUUGAAAUAGUCAAGUACGUGUUCAGCGCCUACAAGCGGGAGUCCCCGCUCAUCGUCAACACCAUGGGCUGGGUGUCGGAUGACGGGCUCCUGUUGCUCAUCGACCUGAUCCGCCUGCUGUCUCCCAGCCAUGUGGUUCAGUUCAGCUCCAGCCGCAGCCCGUACAUGCCGCGUCUCACCCCCGACUACGUCGACGACAUGGACGGCUUGUACACGAAGAGCAAGAUCAAGGUCAGAAACAGGGGUUUCCACCUGGCAGAAUUCGCGGAGACUUUGGACUUUGCUGAUGACGAGAAGGAGAGUCCGGUGGUGUUCACUGGACACAAACUGAUGAGCGUGCAGUCGGAGUUUGCAUUCAGGAAAACUUCAAGAAAUAGGGAGUGGCACAACAGGAUUUUCCGUGAUUUGGCGGUGUUGGGUUACCUGGGCCAGCUGCAGCCCCCGGUGCCAAAACCACUCUGCCCCUUGCAGGGUCUGAAGCCCUAUCAGGUCCCUUUCAAUGCUGUCGCGCUCCGGAUCGUCCACUCCGAUGUGGCCCCUGCCCACAUACUGUACGCCGUGAACGCCAGCUGGGUGGGCCUCUGCAAGAUCAUGGAUGAUGUCCGCGGAUACACGCAUGGUCCUAUCCUGCUCGCCCAGACGCCCAUCUGUGAUUGUUUGGGGUUUGGAAUCUGCAGGGGGAUCGACAUGGAGAAGAGGCUUUACCACAUCCUCACCCCUGUGCCCCCGGAACAGCUAAGACAUGUGAACUGUCUGCUGGUUGGGGCCGUGUCCAUCCCACAGUGCGUCCUCAAGUGCCAGCGCGGGCCCGAGGGCACAAUCCCUUACAUCACCACGGACUAUAACUUUAAACUUCCUGGUGCGUCAGAGAAAAUUGGAGCAAGAGAAUUCGAGGAAACACAUAAAGAGAAAGUGCACCCGAAGCCUAAACUCUAUCGGAAAACGAACUGAUGUUGCUCUUUUCAGUAAGGGAAAGGAAUUUUUGACCAAAAAGCCUGCCUUUGUCUCCAGCCUGGCCCGCGUAGUCGUGGGCUUCUCUGUGCGGAUGCUUGCGCUGCAGACAGUGCCUCGUGCGGGACUCGUGGGCAUGCCGGCGUCUGCCCCAGCUGCAUGACCUGGAGUUUUGCCCUCGUCAUCUGUGUAGAUAACCAUUUGCUACCUAUUUUAUUUUCUAAAGGGAUAAAACAGCAAGGAGAGGUUUGUAUACCAUUAAAACAGAAAGAACGUGGUUCUGCAGAAAGUUCCUGAAGGAUCUAAUUGUUGGAAUCCAAAUAAGAACAGAGAAACUGGGGCCGCUGAGAUGUGCCUAGGAGGAAGGCAGGCUGGCCGGGGUUGGUCAUGGGCACCCCGCCUGUGAGGCUACCUUGCUCCCACCCGCCUGCCGGGGCACAGACAGGACAGGUGUCCCAUGGGGAGGGGGGCGGGCCUUCUGGGGGCUUAGUGCCGCUCCUCGCCCGGAGGGUUACAAGGCUGUGUUUGGUCUCUUCAUUGUAAGGGUUUCACAGUUUGGACCCAGGGCCCUUUUUAUUUAUUUUUUUAUUCUAAUGGUUUCUUUUGAGAUUUUAUUUAUUUUUAUACAGAAGAGCUGGGGUACAGGCCAGAGGUGCAGGGGGUGAGAGGACUCACCAGAGACAGAGUGGGGAGCAGAGCAGGCGGAUCCACUGAAAUCCACUGCUGAGGGGAGCAGCAGGGAGACAGGCGAGGUCUGCUGCGCCAUGUGGGUCACCUCCCUGGCCGGGGAUCGAACUCUCACUGCAGUGGCUGCUGAUAGCUUGAUAGCGCUGAGACUUAACCCCUGCGCCACACAGAGGCCCUGGUUCAUAUUUUUUGAAACAUCUCAAAUCCAGAAGCCUCUCCUGGGGGCUCCGCACUCUUCAUCCUGGUUGACUUCUCAUCUGGGACAGAAGGCCGGCGUGGGCAGGGCUGGCGCUGGUAGCAGGGCUGGCACUGGCAGAGCCUCAUGUGUAAAGCCUCGUAGUUUUGCCUCUGAUUGCUGGACCUGAACUUGCACACAUGUUAGAGCUGGCCCCUGGGGAACAGGAGGUGGUGAGGGUGACUUCUGCCCUGGUUGGGGGCGGGGGGGUGUUGGAAAAACAAUGAAAACCUGUACUUCGCCCCGUAGUAGCCAUGCUGCUUUACCCUCGGGGUUGGAGGUGGUCGCGGUGGGCACAGGUGCCCACGCUGGGUGAAGCCCUUCCUGCGUGUGAGACUGAGAUGCACAGGAGGCAGCAUUUCAAACUGGCAGAUUGGAUCCCGGCAGGUCAGCUUUAUCGGGGUGUGUGGGUUCUGACGCUUAGGCCGGUGACUGGCAUUGUGGGGGCUCUCUCCUGGCCCCCCACAUCUCACCCACCCACAGCGGAGGACUUAACGGAUGCAUGCACGAGCCCUCCAGGGUGAGUUUUGACACCCUUCACACCAGCUGAGGUCCAACCUCUUAGUUGCCUGUACAUGGUUUUCUGUCUUGACCCUGCAAAGAAUUUCGGUGGACAGCCCUCCUUCCCACAGCAGCAGGCCCGCAGCACCUUUCCUCUGAAUCCUGGCUUGGCUUCUCCCCCCACCCCCUUCCUCCUGGUCUCCACUCAGCCCUGGUGGGGAAGACAGGUCACCACCAGAGGGCGCUGUCUGUGUGGGUCAGUUGGCUCUGGGUGAUGGGGGGUGGGGGGGGCUGAGGUGCACUUUCUCUAGGGGUCUCUGGCCUCCUUGGUCUGGAUCUGUGGCCAGCCCUGGGGUGCAGGUCGACUGGCCAGGCGCCCGCCACCUCGUGUCCACGUGAUCAGAGUCAGCAGUUCGGGCUGCUCGUCGUUCCCGUAGUGGACAGAGGGGGCGCCACGGGCCGGUCCAUCUUCCGAGGCUGUGGCUGUUACAUGUGACUCCCAAAGCCGGGCAUGCUUAUUUUAAAGAAACGUGGCUUCAAAUGUGAGAACCCUCCUUAGUUGGCCAGUUUUGUGGCUCUUCAAAGACCCGCAGCUUCUGGAGAGCGCCGUGUAUAGGUAAGGCAGACGGACGGCAAGAGCCCCGACUCCAGGGCUCCUGGAUGUAGUGAGUGAGGCCAGCUCGUGUCUCUGUCCCCAGUGGUUUCCCCUGGGCUUGCAGGCGGGAGUUCGUGCCCUGACACCGUGGGACGGGGGGGCGUGGGGAGCAAGGUGAGCUGGUACUCCUGAGCCCUUGAUAGUGAUUUUUGAGAGACUGAGAUCUGGCAGUGGCCUGUGGGGGGCCCUGUGGGUGUUGCGGCCCCAGCCUGAGGCCCGAGGCCCACCACCUCCACCUGGGCCCUGCGCCUGGUUAACCUGUGGACCGGGCAGGUCUGCCCAGCAGGUGGUAUGAGGACGAGUGUGGAUGAGGAGCUACUUCUGUUGCUCCAGAUGGUGGCCUUUUAAAACUUGUCUAUCUAAAUGAUGGGCUUUUACUAGAAUUCAGAUUUGGGCCGGCCCUGCGGGGGUUAAGACGGGCUCUGAUGUCAGACCUCCCCGCUCAGACCCCACCUUCGCCACUGGCCAGCUGUGUCCUGGGUGGGGCGCAUUUAACCCGAGGCUCUUCCUUUCAGUGGGACAGUCCUCCCCUCUCGGGGUCCCUGUGUGAGGAGUACCGAGGCCCCAAAUGGCACGCCUGGUGUCUGAGUAGAUUAACCCAGGUCGGGACGAGACAAUCAUUCCAGUCCACGUCCCCCCACUGUCUUGCCUCCAGGUGUCUGUUAAAGUGCUCCAGGGAGGGCCUCCCUGGUGGCGCACUGUGACGCUAUCUGAAGCAUCUGCAGCACGAGUUCGAUCCCCUGCCAGUCAGGGAGCAACCCACAUGGCACAGCAGACCUCUCCUGUCUCCCCGCUGCUCCCCUCAGCAGUGUAUUGCAGUCAGUCUGCCUGUUCUGCUCCCCACUCUUGUC